AUCGGUCUGUUUCGUUCACGCCUCGUCCAGAGUUGUAUUUCCGCAACUUAACGCCAUAGUUGCGAUCUUCUUUUGUCCGUGACCAUUUUGAUCUCCACAUCGUAGGAAAGAUCGUUAAGAUCGUCACACCGCCGACAACGUCCGGAUUUAUACAACAAAUUUAGUUUGUAUAAAUCGUGUUUCGUCCCCGACGACGGCCAGGCAGCGACCAGCUCAUUAGCAAAAAGCAUAGAAGCGAACGGCUCUAUUCGCGCAUCCAGCGAAACGUUUUCCAGUUAUUUGUUUUUUUCGUUUGGUUGAUCCAAGAAAAGCAAACAGCAGCAAUGGCCGAAAUGGAGGACACCCACUUCGAAGCCGGAGAUUCCGGCGCAUCCGCCACCUUCCCGAUGCAGUGCUCAGCGCUGCGUAAAAAUGGUCACGUUAUGUUAAAGGGACGUCCAUGCAAGAUCGUCGAAAUGUCCACCUCCAAAACAGGCAAGCACGGCCACGCUAAGGUACAUCUGGUCGGCAUCGACAUUUUCACAGGCAAAAAAUACGAAGAUAUUUGCCCAUCUACUCACAACAUGGACGUACCGCACGUUAAGCGCGAAGACUACCAGCUCACUGAUAUCGACGAUGGCUUUUUAGUUCUCAUGAAUGACGGCGGUGAUCUACGUGAAGAUCUUAAGAUUCCAGAAGGUGACUUGGGAACCCAACUGCGUGCUGAAUUCGACGCUGGCAAGGAAUUAGUUUGUACCGUUCUUAAAUCGUGCAACGAAGAAACUGUGAUUGCCAUCAAGAACAACACAUCUGCUGAUAAAAACUAAUACCUCGCCAGUUGCUCGUUACAUCCCGCGAAUUGCACCGACACAACAAAAACAACAACACACAGAAACGACACCCCGAUAAGAAUAAUAAAGCGAAAAAGUUCAGCAAAACUCAACAACUAUUACAACUACUGCUACUAUUGCGCUACCAACUACACAGUCACAAUAGAGGAUAACUAUUAUUGCAAGAAUCGUUCCUCCCCUUCUUCUGUACACAAGUUGAAAAACAAACAAACAGAAAUCAUUAACUACAUAAACGAGGUAAACACUAAAAAACACAGACACAGUUGCAUCUCUUAGUAUACAGCUAUUAUUACAAAUUAAAGGAAAAAAAACAAAUAUUAAGAUAAUACUUUCUGGUAAAAGUAAUCAGUUGAGGUAAAGAAGACCAUUGAAAAGCAGCAGCAGCAAAAACCCAAUCAAGCGAAGAACGGUCGAAUAGGACGAAGAAGAAGAAGAAGCGAAGGAGCUUUUACGUGACAACACAAAAACCAAUUCAUGCCAGGAGCAGAGGAACACACAAACGCAAAAAUAGAUAGACAGCCAGACAGGGAACAGGACGGAGACGAAAGAGAGCAAGCGUGAGACAAGUGUUGAGCGUGUUCAGCGUUGGUAUGGGCAAGAGCAAAGUUCCCUUUCUUUUGUAAAAUGUUGCAACAAAAACCAACGGUAAACAAGCAAGAAAAAAACGAAACACAUUGAUUAUUAUAAUAAAUUUAAAGAAAAACAAAACAAUAUAAUAUAAUAAAAAUAUUAUAAUAAUUUAAUGAAAUCAAUACAGCAAAAUCAAUAAUUGGAGAAUCCUAUCCGUCAGAAAGCGACCACACCAAAACGACAGGCAAAAUACGUAAUGAGACUCAAGCAAGCUAGCGAAAGCAGAGAUGAAUCAGCAACAAAGAUUGAGGGUCAAGUAAGAAACAACAUCUUAUUCCAAAAAGAGAGGAGAUACAACAAAACAAUUAAACACAGCAAGCUAUGUUGAAUAAAAUAUUUAAUUUUCUAACAAAAAAACUUUAAAAAAAACCUACGUUGUCCAAUCAGA